AUGGAUCUACCAGAAAAUGUACAGAUUACUAAUUUUGACACAAUGAUCAGUGUGCGACCAAACGGUAAAGUUUACAGCAAUGGCUCAGUCAUCUCACUUCCACAUCAAGUCGGAGAUUUGGAACUUAGUGAAAUUGCCAACUAUACAGUUGUGAAAGGAAUCGAUGAUCUUAUAAUAUUAUAUGAUGGACUAAGCAGUGUUUAUGCAUUUGCUCCGCCACAAAUGUUGGGUAAACUGUGUGGUUUAUGUGGCCAAUUUGAUGGCAAUAAAACGAAUGAAUUUGUAAACUAUGUAAGGAAGCCAGUUGCCACUAAAGCAGAUUUCAGCAAUGUCUGGCUCGACCCAAUGGAACAACGAUCGAUUCCAUCUGUAAAAGAAGACUCAGUCCAUCCUUGUGUCAGACUGCGGAAUAAGUUUUCAAAAGCAGCAGACAACGUUGAAGCCUUUUGUUCGGUUUUUAGUCUUGACUACGUGGUUUUCCAAAAAUGUCAUAGCACUGUUCCACCUGAUGAAUAUAUUGCAAUGUGUAGUCGUGAAAUGUGCACUUGUUUGCUGGGGAAUAGUCUACAAGAAUGCAGCCAUAAGCGAUGUGAGGUCGCCACGCAGUAUGCUAGAGCUUGUAGUCAUCAUGGCAAAAUCAUGAAAUGGAGAUCAAAUACAUUUUGUCCUCCUCAUACCUGUCCAAAGAACAUGGUUUUCAAAGAAUGCAGUAAGAACUGUCGUCAGUCUUGUGGUAGUGAAGGCUUUGAAGCAGAAUGUGAAGAAUUUUGUGUUGAUGGCUGUUUCUGCAAAGAAGGCACUCUUUGGGAUACUUCAACAUCAUCUUGUGUCCAUAGAGGAGACUGCCCUUGCUACAGAGGAAAUGAUCAACGAGCCUAUCCAAUUGGUACCUUGGAGAAAAGUGGAUGUGAAAGCUGUACUUGUGCAGAAGGAGGUCGUUGGAAUUGCAUCAUGAGCAAAGAUUGUCCAGGAAUAUGUACCUUGUCUGGUGAUCCUCACUUUCAAACUUUUGAUGGCAGACAGUUCUUCUUUGAAGGAGAAUGUGAAUAUGUACUGUCUCAGUACCAGGCCAAAGAUGGUGGUGAGAGUUUCGCAGUUUGGAUUGAGAACAAAUAUUGUAAUAAAAUUACAGAUGCUGUCUGCACCAAAGUUGUCACAAUUAAAUUUGGAUCAAAGAACAAUACCCAAAUUAUUCGACUACGCAGUUUCAAAGUUGAAGUAAAUUCCAUGUCCAUUGGUUUACCUUACAAAGAUGAUGAUGUUGUCAUUCGUAAAGUAUCCAAUAUUCUGAUUCGACUGACUGCCAGUAUUGGUCUUGAUGUUCUCUGGGAUGGACGUACAAGAAUUUAUUUGAAACUUAGCAAUAAAUAUCAAGGAAAGGUUACUGGAAUGUGCGGUAAUUUCAACAACGAUGUUAACGAUGAUAACUUGACUCCUAAUGGAGAAAAUGAGUUUAAUGUGACAAAGUUUGCUAUGGAAUGGAAAACUAACACUGCUUGCAAUAGUCGCCCUUCAACUAUUUACCUUGGAGCUUGUGCCCUAAGUAAACAGUAUGAGAAACUGGCGACAGAAGUCUGUAACAAAAUGUGGAAAGAAGAAUCCUUUAAAUCUUGCCACUUUGCUGUGAACCCUAGUAAAUUUGUCGACCAAUGUAAACAUGAUGUCUGCAUGUGUGGUCAACGUCAUGGAGACCCCAGAGAUUGUGAAUGUGCAGCUUUUGCCACUUAUGCACGAGCCUGUGUCUUGAAGGGCAUCACAUUGAACUGGAGAAAAAGCAACCUUUGUUUCAUCAACUGUACAAAGGGUAUGAUUUAUCAGGAAUGUGGUUAUAACUGUGACCAAACUUGUCGAGGAAUUCAACCACAGAAUUGUGAGGAAGAAUGUAUUGAAGGCUGUAAUUGCCCACCUGGAGAAAAAUAUGAUGAAGAAGAUAAUGUUUGUGUGCCAGUUGAAGAAUGUAAAUGUUACUACAGAAAUGAAUAUUAUGAACCAAAAUCUUCCAGACAGGAAUUGUGUAAUGAAUGUAUCUGCAUUGAUGGUCACUGGCAAUGUACAACUGAAAGCUGCAAUGUUCAUGACCUAUGUUCUGGUGAUAUGGUAUGGAGCAACUGCUCUGAUUGUAUUCGAACUUGUGAUAGCCUCAAUGUUGAUUGUGUUGCUACAUGCAGCCAGCAAGGUUGUAUCUGUCCUGAAGGUAAAGUACAACUCAACAAAGACAGUCAAAAUUGCGUUGAACCCUCUGAGUGUCCUUGUAACCAUCUGGGAUAUCAGUACAAAAAUGGUGACAAAAUUAAAAAAGACUGCAACCAAUGUUAUUGUAAACAUGGAACCUGGAAAUGUACCGAACGUCAUUGUGCAGCCACUUGUGAAGCUUUUGGAGAUCCUCAUUAUGUGACAUUUGAUGGGAAACCAUACAACUUCCAAGGAGCAUGUGCUUAUAUCGUAGCUCAGGAUUUCUGUAAUGAAACAGGAGGAACUUUCCAAGUGACUACAGAAAAUGUACCCUGUGGUACCCUUGGCUAUUCUUGUACCAAAUCUGUGAAAUUCCUGAUUUAUGACACCAUUAUAAAUUUAGCAAGAGGGACCAAUAUAACAUACACAAUCAACAACAAGGCUCCCGAAGGUACACCGAUGGCAAAUUUUACAAUUAAAGAAGUCGGGACUUAUAUUAUGAUUGAAGCUCAUGGCAUCACUCUUGUAUGGGAUAAGAGUAUGAGGUUAUAUAUAACAUUAGAAAAUAAAUAUAUGGGCCGAGUGUGUGGCCUUUGUGGAAACUAUGAUCAAAUUGCUAAUAAUGACUUCAGGGACAAAAGCUCUUUCCCAGAACAUACACAAAGUCCAUUGGCAUUUGCUAACAGUUGGAGGGUCAGAGAAUCUUGUGCCAUUGUUGAUAAAGAGCUUCCAAAUCCUUGUGUAUUGAAUUCACAUCGACAGUCUUGGGCAGAAAUGUCAUGCAGGAUAAUCUUGGGCAAAAUAUUUGAACCAUGCCAUUCAUCGGUGGAUCCAAAUUGGUACUAUACUUCAUGUCGGGAUGAUUCUUGUUCUUGCGAUAGAGGAGGUGACUGCCAGUGCUUCUGCACGGCUGUUGCAGCAUAUGCUGCCCGCUGUUUGAGAGCUGGUAUUUGCAUCAACUGGAGAGCACAUGAAAUGUCCACAUCCGAAGAAGUUUGUGGAAUUCAGUGCCCCACCGGUCGGGAAUAUUUUCCAUGUCACACCUCCUGUCCCAAAUCAUGUGUAGACUUUGGGAAAUCUGAUUUUACUUGUACUACUGGAGAAGUUGAAGGGUGUUUCUGUCCAAAUGGCACUUAUGAACAAGAAGGUGAUUGCGUUCCAAUUAGCGAAUGUCUGUGUACUGAUCCAUCAACUGGAAAGACUUAUAAACCUGGUACAGUGGUUAUGAUGAACUGCAGGAAAUGUACCUGUUUUGAAGGAGCAUUUAGAUGUCAAGAGGGACCUGGGUGUGAUACCACAACACAGUUCCCAUCUACUACUACACAGCUUUGUGUUGGUGAUGACAAAAUGUUCUGUGAUGGAUUCUGUGCUACUAUUUGUGAUGGAAACAGAGAAUGUCUUUAUGAUCUUGAUGAAAUCAAUUGCACAUCUACGACAGUGGCACCAACAACUCUGUACACAACCCUGUCAACACUUACAAGUUUCUCAUCUUAUCACACUGGCACUGGAUUUUCUUUAACAACACCAUUUGGGUCUACAACUCCACCAACUACUAUAGAGUGCAAAUAUCCUUACAUCAAAACUCCUUGUAAGAAGAAAUGUGAAAGUUUCUGUCAUUCAGUAGCACCACCAGAGGGAUGUAUAAAAAAUGAAACUUAUCCUUGUGUUGAAGGUUGUGAUUUAGCACCAGGCUUCUCUAUAGGUCCUACUGGUCCUGUUAAAGAACUCAUGUGCAGUUGCAAAGAUGAAGUGAAUAAUGUAACACGAGAGGCUUAUGAAAGCUGGGACCGAGGAUGUGACCGUUGUGAAUGUUCCAAUAACACAGUUACAUGUAGAAAUAGCUGUGGUAGUAUAACUUGUCCUCCAGGUUUGGAACUCAUGACUCCUGCUGGAGAAUGUUGUCCUAAGUGUGUACCAAUAACUACCACAUCACCAUAUGUAACAACACCAACAACCUUUGUGACAUUAAACGGAACACAAACGACAAUAUCUCCCUCCCUGCAAACAUACCCAUCAGUACCAUCAACUACACCUGAAGAAUGUAUUGUUGUGGAUUGGAUGUCAUCUAUGGAUCCACUUUUGAUACCUGAUGAGCGAAUACAAGGCUACCCAACUAAAGUAGGCAUAGCUUCUGAUGCCAGAGUUAACAGACCUGGUUGGGCCGUUCCAGUUGAUUUAGUGUUGCAUCCUUUACUUAUUGUCACUGUGGCUACAGAUGAUGAACCACUUGUUGAAGUACUUAGUCAAAAGCUUGUAACAAAUGCCAAGAAAUAUGCAGUUUUUAUUAAGACUAAAGAUAAUGAAGAAUGGGCUGCUGUGGACCAGAAUAAAGAAGAGUCUUACUUUACAGGAGAUGUACUGUAUAAAUUUCCCCCGAAAACCUUCAUCAGAGCUUUGAAAAUUGUUCUACUAGAACCUUUGGUAAGUACAGAGAAAGUGUACACAGUCCAACUGAUUCUUAAUGGUUGUGAGAGGCCUUUAUUGACUACACCGCAUACAUCGACUUUGUCAUCAACAACAACUUCUCUUUGUGACAAACCGAAUGAAAUUCAUGACAUAUGCCGCUGUACACCAACUUGUGAAGAUAUCCUUGCUGGACGUGAAUGCAAAGUGAAAGCUGAUCAAAUUGACAGCUCAGGUUAUUGCUGUCAAUGUACUGAGGGUAUGAUAUAUAAUGCCACUGGCUUUUGUAUAAAGGAAGAAACCUGUGUAUGUACUGAUGAUAAAGGAAACCAUCCAUUCAAGCCACAUGAGAAAUUUAUUCAGAAAGGUGAAGAAUGCAACAAAGAAUGUGUAUAUGAAUACAACUGUACAUUGGAGUGUGUACAUAUUUGCAACUUGGAAUCUUGUGCUGAAGGUUUUGAGCUGGUUUCUCCUCCAGAUGAAUGUUGCUCAUGUGUUCCAAAAACCACUAUAGCACCAUCAGCUCCUACUACCACCAGUGAUAACUGUUAUUGUCCAUCUGGGACAUUCCCUUGUCAUGAUUGUUCCCAAUGUUUGCCCCACCAUCAUCGUUGUAACAGGAUUGUCGAUUGUGGAGAUGGGUCGGAUGAAAAAGAUUGCAAAUGUUUAUUCAAUGGAACCAUUCAUGAUGAUGGUGAUACUUGGCAAGUAAAUGAUUGCAUAAAAUGCCAAUGUAAAUCACAGGAUGCUAUAUGUAAGAAGACUUGUGCCAUAACAACAUGUCCACCAGGAUUUUAUCUAAAUCUCUACGAGAACGAAGACAGGUGCUGUGAAUGUGUACAAAUCCAGUCAACAACUCCAAAUGUUCCCUACAAGAGAAACUGUACAGUAAUUAAUGGAACUUAUGAAGAUCCCUUGUGUCCAAAUGAAUGCAUCAUUGAAACGAGUGAGUGUGACAGCAUCUCAUGUACUGAAGAACUGAUAGCAUUAAAAGACUUUGGAACAGAAUUUAUUAUGAAAUCUUCAAAUGAAGAUGCCAUAGAUGCAUUUUAUAGCAAUAAAUCUUGGGUUAUUGGACGCACGAAUGAAGACCAGUCGAUUGAAAUAUCUGCCAAAAAGGAUGUUACUUGGGUCAAACUAAAGUAUAGUGCCUCACGUAUAAGACAAAUCAAAGUAGCAUUUGGUGAUGAAAAAUUUUAUGCUGCAAAACAAGUUGUCAUCACAGAACCAGAGGAUGGCAGAUUAACUACAACAAUUACAUUUAAUAAUGGGGAUGGUGUUGUUGCUCGCCGAAUGAAAAUUAUGAUAAUACCAAUGCAAUCAGAUGAACCAUCUAAACUCACAGCUGUUGAACCCUAUAUCUGUAGUGAACAUGAAACCACCACACCAACUCCCAGAACAACUACCCCACUCCGUUGUAUUGAGAAUGAAACUCGCAUAUUGAACGAGUGCUUCAAUGAAAUAUGCAUUGAUGGAGAAUUUCAAAGAGUACCUGCUUGUAACAAGAAGUGUGCAGAUAAUGAAACUCUUGUGAUCCGUGACAAGGAAUGUUGCCAAUGCGUGGCUUUAACUACACCAGUUACCCGCACAAAUGUCUACACCACCACCAGAUAUUCCUCAGGAACUCAAUGGACAACUUCAAUUUCGCCAACCCAAACAACUACAGGUGUUUGUGAAGAGCCUCUUGAACGUACAGACUGUAUGAAAGAAUGCACCAAGUGUCAUCUACUCGAACCAAAUUGUACUCCAACAGGCCCUUUCAUCUGUGAAACUGGAUGUGACUGCCCUGUCAAUUUAGUUUUCAAUGGAACACACUGUGUUUAUCCUGGUUCUUGUAUAUGCCUUGAUGAUGAAGGAAACCUUAGAAAACCUGGUGAUGUGUGGAUCAAAGAUUGCUAUGAAUACACAUGCUUCAAUAAUUCAAUUGUACAAGUGAGACCAACUUGCAAUGUAACAACUACACCAAAUACAUGUGAAAAUGGCAACGUUUUUACAAAGGUUGGCUGUAAUAAUGCAACUCUUAUCUGUAUUUGCUUGCAUGGUGUUGAAACGUGUAUAUCAAGUGAAUCUGAGCCUUGUUCAUUAUGUGAAAAUGGAACCAUACCUUUUCUCCGAGAAGAUGGCUGUUGUUCUUGUCCAAAUGUAACUACCACAACCACCUGUUAUGAAUAUGACAUUGCUUCUUGCAUAAUUCCCUGUAAAAUACGGCCAAUAACAUGUGAAGACUACAUAUUGAGUUCGUAUUUGAAUAGAAGCCUUGUGCAGAUGAGUCAUGGGUGUGAAUGCCCCGAAGGUUAUAAAAGAGAAAGCAUAAAACAACACCUUCUUAUAUGUGUCAAGAACGAGGAGUGUGAUGACUGCUUCUUCAAUGGCCAGAGAUAUCCUCAUGGUGGUGUUUUUUACCCAGAAGAUGAAAAUGGUAGCCGCAUUCCCUGUACCAACUGUACAUGUUUGUAUGGCAAUAUUACCUGUCAGGAAUAUGAAUGCGCCACUUCUCCAUUAACCACAUCUCCAUUAUUUACUACCACUUUUGGAGCUACUGAGAGUACUACUCCUGUUGUUUGUUUUGGUGGCUGUUUUGCUAAAAGCCUUGACAAGUGUGUUGCAAUCAAUGAUACCUGGAGUGUAAACAACUGCAAAACUUGUACUUGUGUUGGAGUGAACAGCAUUGAUUGUGAUACAACAGUUUGCGACAUUGAGUGCUUCCCACCGUAUAAAAAGUAUUAUAUGUUUGGAAAAUGCUGUCCUUACUGUGGAAGGCGAUGUACAGAUGUAUUUAAUUGUGAUAACAGAUGUGACUGUCCAAACUGCAUUGAUGAAUUAGAAAACUGCCAUAACCAAACUAAAUGUGACGAAGAUAAUUAUGACUACGCAUCAGACAGUUGCACAGGUUGUAGAAAAGAGGUUUGCCACAGUGAUAGAACGUACUGUUAUGCUAAAUCUAAGGAGAACUGCUGUGAAUGUAAAUACAAGACAUCAUUCAAUGGUACAGCCUGUAUUGACAGCAAUGACUGCAAUUGUCAAGAUGAAUUCGGUAAUAUUCGUAAGCCAUAUGAAUCUUGGAAUGAUACCACUGAUCCAAUCUGUGUUCAGUAUGCCUGUAUUGGAAACAAAAUCCAGAAGACCAACCAUUCAGACAAUUGUCCAGAAUUGAUUUGCAAACCUGGUUUUAUUCUUCAAAAAACUGAAGGUGAAUGCUGUGAAACAUGUACCCUUGUUACAGCUUCAACUGAAUUUCCCUUAACUACAACAAUUGGAGAAUGUCCUAGCAAGUGUUACUGUGACUUGGAAACUUGUGACAGUGACUGCUCUGUAUCUUUGGACUGUAACAAGGCCUGUAGUUGUAAAGAAGGAUAUACAUUCCAGAAUGGUGCUUGUAUUAGUAAACCUCCGCACUGUACAACAAUAAUGACGACAACUUUAGCUUCAACUGAAACAACACCAACAUUACCUUGUGAGUUAAUUGAUGGUUUGAAAAGCCCAAUAUACAUCCCAGAUCGUCAUAUUACUGCAACACCUCUUAGUCACAUGGAUACAGCCGUAAAUAUUCGACCAGACAAAGAAGGCUGGAGAGUACCGGUACCUUCUGAUCAGGAACCACAACCAUCAAUAACCAUCAAAUUGACGAAUAACCCUCAAGGUGUUCCACUCUCAGAAAUUAUUGUCAAAGGAAACGUGAGAAGCUACAUUAUACAGAUGAAGUUUGCAGAUGAUUUUGCAUUUGAGUCAUUGGGUUCAUAUAUCAAUGGAAAAACACAUUAUAAGACAAAUGAACUUUUAAAUGUCACAGAAAUUCGUAUUCUAUUGGAAUCAGCGAAACCUUUGGACAUUGAUGUCUACCCCGAAGAAUUUGAUGUCAAAGUUUCUAUACUUGGAUGCUUUACACCAGAAUUCACCACACCCAUUGUUACAGCUACCACUCCUACUACAUCACGUAAGCUGUCUUCUCCUUUAUUCAUAUCUUGGUUAUUUUCUUCGACUGAAUCUAAUUGUUUAGCCUCAGCUUUUACCACCUUAUCUUCUACCUCAACAUCCACUUUGGUACCAACAACAACAACACCUCCAGUAAUUACAACUCAAGUGCCAUGUGUUGUUACUGAUGGAAUGGAGCAGCCUGUACUUAUCCCUGACAGUGCCAUUACUGGAUUUCCAGUUUUCGAAGGACACAAAAUCACCAAUGUUCGGCCUGGUCGACCAGGAUGGUUGGUUCCAGUUCCAAUCAGUGAAGAGAAACCAACUCUCCUUGUAACUCUUACAAAUAGCUCAGCUGGCGUGACACUAGUCGAAGUGAUUUUGAGAGGAAAUGUUCAAACUUUCUCUGUCAGUACAUGGGAUGAAACAACACAGACAUACAAACUCUUAGCUACAGAUAUCACAGAAAGUCUUCUACUAAAGAAUGAAAUAAAAGCUCAAAAGUUAAAGAUUGUUCUUGAGUCUCCAGAGCCAAUGGUUACAAUUUAUCAAGUCUGGCUCUCUAUUAAGGCUUGCUUCCCAGAUUUUUGGAAGAAUUCAGGUACAAAUACAGUCUUAAUACAUAAUAAAAACCUUGUAAUGGUUGUAAUCAUUUCCUCUAAAUAUCCACAUUUAUUUUCAAAAUUACCUCAAACUUCUGAUCUUCACACCUAA